AGUAGUUUAAAUCGUGAAUCCAUUGAAGCAAUGACCUGACACAGGACCUGAGAGAUGCAUCUCCCAUCAGCUGAUCCAUCUACGGUUCACAGAAGCCUCAUUAGAAAUGGUCUCCAUGGAAGGGUGGAAGUAAGAGGCUAUCUAUAAGGAAGGAAAACAGGGAGAACAUGGCAGAGGCAUGGCAAACGACAAGAAUGGAACUGAAAAUCAGUGGAAAUGGGUUUUAUGGCGUGAUAAAUCCUUUCCAGACCCUGGACCUCAGUAUUACUGAAGCUGAAGAGCUCGACAAAAGAAAUUAACAAGAAGGAUCAUCUAAGUUUAGGGCAUAGCAUUAUGAAGGAAAGCUUUCCCAGAACUCGGGGCCCUGGCAUGGUGACUUUGUUUGAUGGGAUCAACCAGCAGCUAGACUUUUCUAGCUGUGGAGAGGAUGGAGGCAGCAGUGACAACACCUCAGAUGAAGGCACCUUUCAGAUCCAAAGUCCCAGGUUUCGCAGCACCAGCUUGGCUUGCAGGACACCCAGAGUGCAGCGUCACCACAGUAGGUGCAGCACCCUACCGUCCCCGCUACGGUGCACCAGCCCCAUACCUUUUGCUUCCUGGAGAAAGCUGCGACUGUGUGACUCUCCCAGCACGCCAAAGAGUUUGCUGUCAAAGUCAUCCGGCACUUUCUCCGGCAUUAAAUCAAGUCACCAUCAGAGGAACCUGCGUUUUGCCUCGCCUGCUGGAAAUCUUGUUCAGGCACCGUCUGUCAACGUGAAUCCUUUCACCCCUGACACCGUACGCAGGAACAGCGAGCAGCAGUGGAGGAGCAGCUGUAGGAGUGAUGACGAUGAUGAUUAUGGAAAUGGGUUGAAACACAGUCUGACGUCAUCUGAAGACGAUGAUGAAGCUUUUCUCCCACCAAAGAGACUAGCUGUACAAGCCUUCAUGCUGUCACGUUAUGAGAGUGAGUUCCUGGAGCUGGAGUGCAUCGGCGUGGGCGAGUUUGGGGCAGUUUAUAAGUGUGUGAAGAGGCUGGACGGAUGCCUCUACGCAAUCAAACGCUCUCGCCGACCCCUGGCAGGCUCUGCAGACGAACAGUUGGCCCUAAAAGAGGUAUAUGCACAUGCUGUUCUUGGACAUCACCCACACGUCGUUCGCUAUUAUUCGGCAUGGGCAGAGGAUGACCACAUGAUUAUUCAGAACGAGUACUGUGAUGGUGGAAGUCUCAGUGAUGUCAUUGUGAAGAAGGAGGCAGAGGGAGAACAGCUCACAGAGGCUGAACAGAAAGAUCUGCUUUUACAAGUGUCUAUGGGUCUCAAAUACAUCCACAGCUUAGGCCUUGUCCACCUGGAUAUCAAACCAAGCAACAUAUUCAUUUGCCAGCGUCCCAGCACAAGUGCAGCAAGUGAAGAGGAAGAUGAUGAAAAUCCUUCAGUGGGAGUCAUCUACAAAAUUGGGGAUUUGGGUCAUGUGACAUCAACCAGCAGUCCUCAGGUUGAGGAGGGGGACAGCCGCUUUCUGGCCAGUGAGGUUCUGCAUGAGGAUUACAGCCAUCUCCCCAAGGCUGACAUAUUUGCCCUCGGCCUUACUGUCCUCCUGGCAGCCGGUGCGCCUCCUCUGCCACAAAAUGGAUCUCAGUGGCACAGUCUCCGAGAGGGGCAGCUCCCCAAGCUGCCACAAGAGCUGUCACCUCCCUUCAGAGGUUUGCUUCAGUCAAUGCUGGAUCCAGACCCGACAAAGCGACCAUCUGCCAGGGAGCUUUGCAGACACACCGUCUUAAGGGAAAAGAGCACUGAGAGGCUGGCUGCUCAGCUACGCAGAGAGCUCAAUGUGGAGAAGUUCAGGACAGCCAUGCUUGAAAAAGAGCUCCAGGAGGCACGGCAGGCGGCUUUGUCACCGAAACAGAGCCUCUCUCCAGGGCUGACACCUCCUGCUAAGAUGGGGUCUUUGCCCAGGACAGGAAGGAGGCUUGUUGGUAGGAAGACUGGACGAUCCAUAAGCUUUGGCUGCCCAGGCUACGGAGUCUAAUGAGGACGAUGAUUUCCUGUGACAUGAUGCAACGGCCUCUCCCCCGGCUGCAACAAGUCUGAUGAAAUAUGCAGAAUAAGGCUGUAUGGCACAAUUCCCCUUCUAGAAUCUUCUGAGUAAACUGUUGAAAGACUGAGGAUAUUUGGAGAGAGAUGAUUGUUAUGGACUAGUUGGAUUCAAGCAAAUUUUUCAAGUGAUCUUGUAACUGUAUUAUUCCAAUGUGCUUGACUGGUCAAAGGCUUUUUUAAAAUUCUUUUAAC